GUGAGAUGUACUGCCUCCUUGCAAUGUGCUGCAGUAGUGUGAUAUUGUCAGUCCCCUCCCUCAGGAGCCAGGGGUGUGUUUGUAAUUUCUGACACUGGGAGGUGAGGCUCCAUCCUGCACACGGUGCUGCAGUCCCUGGCAGCCGGUUCCGUGUAACAUGCUCCCCGGGCUCCCGGCGGCAGUAUGACUGUAGUGGAGCUGCGGAGCAGAAUGCAGUCCAGCUCGGAGAGUGUGAGCCUUCCUCCCACGGGAUCGGCGCUUCCCUCCCUCAGCCGGAGCCGCAGUGUCCGGGAGCAGCAGGCUCAGCUCAAACAUAAGCUCCGGGAGCUCCCUUCCUUGCUGAGGAGCGGGCUGACCCUGCGGAGGAGAAGCUCUGUCUAUGGACCGUCCCCGUCCUUCUCGGAGUCCGAGGAGACUGCGGCUGCCACGGCCACCUCCAGCCCGAUCACAACAGAAAGAAUUUCAAAUCUGUACGGUGAAAGCUCAGCACCAAAGUUUUAUGGAGAAAGUGUUGCAUGUGCGGGGCGAGCUUUAAGAAAUGCAUUGAGAAGUCAAGCUCCUGAUCUAAUUCGGGAUCGCAUGUAUCUCACUUGUAUCUGCAGAAAAAGUUGUGUGGGGUCCGAACUGGUUGACUGGCUUUUGCAGCAGUGCCCCUUUGUUCAGUGCAGAUAUACAGCAGCUGGCAUCUGGCAAACUUUAUUGAAACUUGGGAUACUCCUUUCAGUGGACAAGCAGCUAUGCUUUCAGGAUGCGUAUGUGUUCUACCAGUUUUCAUCUUCUGAUUGCCCUGAGGCAGUGUGUGAGUUUGGGAAGGAAAAAGGGUGGCACAUGGGUGUCCGACUUUUAAAACAGCUUGCACCUCUUGCUCCAUUAACAUCGAAUAUAUGUGACAUGUCUGCUGAGAAACUAGAAACCGCCACAGAUGCCAACAACAAAAUUCUGCAAAUUCAAGCUCUUGCCCGGCUUACUUCUGCGGUGCAGCGGGAGUUGGCAGCUGUAAUUGCUUUGAAAGCAAGAAAAUCUGUUUCAGAUGAUGAGGAAUUUAAUUGCCCUCAACAGUCUGGUCCCGUGAAUACUGAACAUGCAUUGGAUACAGAGGCCGGGGUUAUGUGCAAACUGCACGGACGUGAAGAAUUGAGACGCAUUGAUUUUGUGCAGAAGUUGUCCAGGGAAAAUCAGUCAUUGCCACCAUCCGCAAAACAACUGGAAAAGAAACUGCAAGAUGAAGAAGCGACUACUGUUCAAGUGCGAGAACAGGACCAUGAUGUUCUGGUGCUUAAGAAAGUGUAUUCGUCAGAAAGCCCAGCCCCCACAGCAGGGAGUGCCGAGACUGAUUGGAGGUACAUGGUGGUAUCAGGAACCCCAGAAAAGAUUUUGGAGCAUCUUCUGAAUGACUUGCACCUGGAUGAUGUGCAGGACAAAGAAACAGAUACCCUCCUGGAUGACUUCCUUCUCACAUACACCGUCUUCAUGACAACAGAUGACUUGUGCCAAGCGUUGCUCAGACACUAUUGUGCUAAUAAAUAUGAUGGCAGAGUGGAAAGUCCAGAGGCGCUAUGCACCAAGCGGAAGGUCUUGCUACUUGCGUCUCAGUGGACUGCAUUGUACAAGGAUUGGUUACACGACGAUGAGCACUCAAAAUUGUUCCUAAAGACUCUCUAUCGGUAUGUGCUAGAUGAUAUUUAUGAAUAUCCCAUGCUUGAAAAGGAACUUAAGGAAUUUCAAAAAGUGCUUCGAAUCCACCGUCGCCAUACUGUUGAUGAAUACUCGCCUCAUAGAAAGAAUAAAGCCCUUUUCCACCAAUUCAGUUUGAAGGAGAACUGGCUUCAGCACAGAGGAAACGUCAACGACAUAGAGGAAAUUUUCUGCCGUGUCUACAUAACAGAUCAUUCCUACGUCAGCAUCCGGACUAAAGUCUCCAGCUCUGUGCAGGAUAUAUUGAAGUUAGUGGCUGAACGGAUUCAGUAUCCAGAAGAAGACCUGGCUUUAGUCACUGUCACAUUCUCUGGGGAAAAACACGAGCUUCUUCCAACUGAAAUAGCUUUGUCUAAGACUCUGGAAUCAACCAGUCGGAUUUAUACUUAUAGAAAAAGUGAUACAUUGAAUCCAUUUGCGGAGAAUGAAGAGACGCAACACAGAUCUGUGAGAAUUUUAGGGAUGAACACCUGGGAUAUUGCGUUAGAAUUAACCAGCUUCGACUGGAGCCUCUUCAAUUCUAUCCACGAGCAAGAAUUGAUUUACUUCACUUUCAGCCGACAGGGGAAAAGUGAGAACACCCUCAAUCUGAGCCUGUUACUGCAGAGAUGUAACGAAGUUCAGCUGUGGGUGGCCACAGAGAUCCUUCUCUGUAACCAGCUCGGGAAACGUGUGCAACUCAUGAAAAAGUUCAUCAAAAUAGCUGCUCACUGCAAAGCUCAACGGAAUUUGAACUCAUUCUUCGCCAUUAUCAUGGGUCUGAACACUGCUUCCGUCUGUCGCCUUUCUCAAACCUGGGAGAAAAUCCCUGGGAAGUUCAAGAAACUCUUCUCAGAGCUUGAAAGCCUGACGGAUCCAUCUCUAAAUCACAAAGCAUAUCGAGACACAUUUAAGAAAAUGAAGCCACCAAAAAUUCCUUUCAUGCCCUUACUCCUGAAAGAUGUCACUUUUAUUCACGAAGGAAAUAAAACCUUUUUGGACAACCUUGUUAAUUUUGAAAAGCUGCAUAUGAUUGCUGACACUGUGCGAUCACUCAGACAUUGCAGAAAUAACCAAUAUGGUAAUGACAGCCCACAGAAGGAGCACCUGGAAGUGAAAUUUUACACAAAUCACUUGUACGUGAUUGACAACCAGCAGACACUAUUUGAACUUUCGCACAGGAUAGAGCCAAAGGCUUGAAAACACGACCACCAGAACGUGAACUAAGAGUUUGCCAAUGCCAAGCAUGUUGCUUUACAAGUAAAACAUUAUUACUGAGUUUUAUCAGUAGCGGACUGAUGUAUGUGCAAGAAGACAGGACAUUCGAGUGAUUUGAGGUGUCCAGGCCUCAAUGCGAUGUAGCCGAGCUACAAGAAUGAGAAAGAAUGGGAUGCUUUGUGAGAUAAACCGCUAUUUCUCAUUGUUUGUCACAAUGUAUUUUAUAAGACUAAUCACAUACAAAAUGUACUUGUAUAUUUAUGGUUAAAACAAGAAGAGUUGCAUAACUGUACUGUAAAUAUGUAACCAUGUACACUGUCAUGGGUUAACCUCAACACAUUGUGGUAUAUUCGCUAAUGUACAUAUUUACCCACAUUGUAAUAUUUCGUGGAAAAUACCCCCAAAGGUAUCUUGCUAGUUCUUCUAACUAAAAUGUAUUAUGGCCAAAUUAGGCAGACACACAUAGGUCACUGCUGAGCUGAGUGCACACGAUUGCAUAAAUAUUAAGCGUUUGUUUCUUAAAUCCACUCCCUGUUAAAGUCAAAGGAGACUUAUGAUAGCAAAAUGGUGAGCUGUUUCCAAAGUAAUGGACUAAUGUACUACAGCUGCUCACAACUGGCACCAAGAUUUAGCUGGAUGAACUGGUAGUAAAGCUUGGCUGUUGAAUAAAGCCUCUUGGUAGCUUCCUGCACGUUUAUUGGCUGUUAGUAUUGGUCUCUUUGUUACUCUCAGAUGCAGACAAAAACAUACGGAUUAAAACAGCAUUUUCUUUGGUAGCCAGGGCUGUGAUACUGGCUAAAUUUUGAAAUAAAAAUGCUGUUCAGUAUUUAUUUUAUACAUGGCACACAGGACUAUCAUGUUUUUGUUUUUUAAACAAUUACAUUAUUCUUUACAUUUCUACUGUAUUUAUUUUUUCUUUUUCUAACGUGCCUUUUUCAAGUUAUAGUUAUGGACUGUUUUACCUUACAGGCCAUCUUUUUAAAAGCACUGUAAGGUUCGACUGACAUAUUAAUUAGCUUAGGAGCAGGAGCCCUGCUCCUUUUUCCAACACUCAUGAACUACGUAACUAUUGGCUAGUAGGGUGACUUGCUAUUUAUCACAUCGAAUAUAAUGCCGAUAAAUAUUCUACAAUUUGAAAGCCAAUUCAUGUUCAAAACAUUUU